UUAACGGGAAUCGAAUCAAACAAUUCCAGCGGCGUAAUGAGGAAAUUGUUGGCAUUACAUAAUAUUUUUCGUAUUGUGUGCUGCAAUGCGUGUGUUAUAAUCAUACUUUGUCAAAUGGUAUGUUUUGGAAAAAAUGUUGAACUACAGGCCUUUGAGGAACAUCUUAAGUUUCAUCAUUUAAAACAAGCGAUUGUAAUCUAUGGCGGCAGGGAGACUCGAGAGCACAAUUGUUUUGGAAUAAAUAGUGUGAAUCGAUAUUUUUUCAAAUUUGUAAAUAUUGCAUAUUUAAAAAAUAACACAAAUUUUUAUAAACUACUUCGUGGAAACUCCCAUCGAACGGGAGUAUUUAUGACCUACACUCGUGGAAACGUAGUAAAGGACAGAUUUCUUCAGAAGGCAUCAGAAAAUUAUUGGUUUAACAAUUCCAUGUCAUGGUUUAUUGUUUUGGACGAUAAAUACCACAAUAACCAUGUGGAGAAAAUGCAACAAGCUUUUGGUAAUUUAAAUGUCCUAUUAAAUUCAGAUGUUUCAGUGGGAUUAAAAAAUAAGAGCUGCUUCAUCGAUAUUUAUGAUAUUUACAAAAUAUGUCAACGUUGUAAAAAUGAGAAAUUGACAAUUGAGUACAAAGGCAAUUGGUCGCAAACCAGUGUUUUGAAAAUCGAAGAUCGUUUCAGACUGCCAUUUGCUCUACGAAGACGGAAUUUUAACAACUCCCCUGUGAAAGUUGCAACGGCUAUCCUCGACUAUUCUCCCAGCUUGAAUAUGACUAUACCGGAAUAUUUGAACGACAACAAACAUUAUUUGUACAACGAUUUUUUGCAAAGAAAGACCUAUCAACUUUUGACUCGCACUCAAGAGGUGUAUAACUACAGUUUCCAACUAACCAUUGAGAAAGAUUGGGGCUCAUUUUCAAAUGGAACCUGGUCAGGCGUUCUCGCCCUCUUAAAGAAUCAUGAUAUUGAAUUUUCCGUAAAUCCGCUACGUUAUAUGAGUGAACGUUUUCACAUACUCAGCUACACGCCGGAGGUGCAUGUGGAACUAGUACGUUUUCUUCUACGACAUCCAAAACAAAGGGGCAUACGCAACAUCUUCUUGGAACCACUGGCCAACACCGUUUGGUGGUCUGUAUUGGCUCUAAUUGUAAUCACGGGCAUUAUGCUGGCCAUACAUGUGCAUGCCGAAUUUCAAAUUUAUUGGGAACUGAAAAGGCUACAGCCACACGAGAGUGCGGCCACAACGUUGAAGCAACUUGUUCCCGAACAUAAUCUGGAUUUCAUUGUAUUGACCACACUGGAGGCUGUGUUCAUGCAAGGUCCUACACCUGAGCAGUUUCAUUCGAAUUCCAUACGCUUGUUGUUGACCUCGGUUUCGGUGUUUGCUCUGUUGUUGGUGCAGUUCUAUGCGGCGUAUAUUGUCAGUUCGUUGUUAUCGGAGCCACCACGCACCAUCACCACCCUGGACGCUUUGUACAACAGUAGUCUGGAAAUUGGCAUGGAGAAGGCCAGGUAUAACUAUGACCUUUUCAAUGGAACAACAAAUCGUUUGGUGGAUAAUAUUUUCAAGUAUCGUAUCUGUAAGAAUGGCAAACAGAAUAUCGUGACAUUGGAGCAGGGUGUGCAGCGUAUUGCCAGGGGUGGGUUUGCUUUGCAUGUAACACUGAAUCGGGCAUAUCAGCUGUUGGAAGACAAAUUAAGUGAAUCUCAAUUUUGUGAACUACAAGAGAUAAUAUUUACCAACGCUUUUACCACUGGCAUUGGUAUGGCCAAAACCACACCCUAUUCGAUUUAUCUAAAAAGUGCUAUUUUGAAAUUUCGUGAGACAGGAAUUUUGAAUUACAACGACUUGGCAUGGAAAUUGGCAAAAAUCGAUUGUGCUGCCCUGGCCAAAGAUGAUGUAGAAGUUGAUUUAGAACAUUUUGCACCCGUCUUAGUUAUCUUAGCCCUUGGCAUUGUCAUUGCAAUAUGGGUUUUCAUUUUGGAACACCUUUAUAAACGCGUCGCAAAUCGUCUACGUGUAAAUUAUGAAAUUGUUUGUAAAACUAUGCGUAAAUAUUUGCCCAAAUAAACAGAGUUUUUUUCACACAAAUGAAGAGCGGCACAAGAAGGAGACGGAAUUUAGGCCAUCUCCACCCCUGCGGCACCGGAAAACAAUGAGGGCCCAGGCUUCAAAUAAUGGCUGGCAAAUACGGUCCGUUAGGGUUGUCGAAAUGGAAGCGUCUUUUAUCCUGUCACGCUAAUUAUUGAUGUUGUCAACAUUUUAGGUUUCACAAAUAAAUGUUGUAGAUCGUACUUAGAAAAAAAAAAAAAAAAAAAAAAAAAA